GUGCUGCCGCAGCCAAUGGGGAGGAGGCGUGGCGAGAGCGGAGGCGGUUGUGAUGCGCCAGGCCGACGGGCGGCGGCCAAUCAGCGGCGAGCGCGAGGGCGGGCUGUGACGCGGACGGCGCUCCUCGUGCGGCGGCGGUAUAGGAGUGAGCGCCACGACCAGCAGGACCAGCCGAGCGCCGCCGCCGCCCGCUGCUUGCCGCCUCUACGCCGCCGCCGCCCCGCGCCCGCCCGCCGCGCCCCCAACCGCCGCCGCCCCCGGCCUGCCCGUCAGCGAGCGGGCGAGCGGCCUCCGCGCCCGGCCUCCGUGAGGGGGGCGUCCAGCCGGACCCUGAGCCUCGCCCUCUCGCGUUGCGGCCGACCGCGCCUCCUCGGCCGCCUGCCCGGCAUGAAGACCAAGUUCUGCAACGGGGGCGAGGCGGAGCCCUCGCCGCUCGGACUGCUGCUGAGCUGCGGCAGCGGCAGCGGCAGCGCGGCCCCGGCGCCCGGCGUGGGGCAGCAGCGCGACGCCGCCAGUGACCUCGAGCCCAAGCAGCUGGGCGGGCGGCAGCCGCAGCUCGCGCUGCCCCCGCCGCCGCCGCCGCCGCUGCCGCUGCCCCCACCGCCGCCGGCCGACGAUCAGCCCGAGCCCAGGACGCGGCGCAGGGCCUAUCUGUGGUGCAAGGAGUUCCUGUCCGGCGCCUGGCGGGGCCUUCGCGAGGACCAGUUCCACAUCAGUGUCAUCAGAGGUGGCCUCAGUAACAUGCUGUUCCAGUGCUCCUUACCCGACACUCUGGCCACCGUUGGUGACGAGCCUCGGAAGGUGCUCCUGCGGCUGUACGGCGCGAUUCUGAAGAUGGUAUUUUUGAUAAAGCUGUGGAAUGGAAAGCGGUCCUGUAAUAAGGAGGGAUCCGAACAAGCUCAGAAAGACAAUGAAUUUCAAGGCGCCGAGGCCAUGGUUCUGGAGAGCGUUAUGUUUGCCAUCCUCGCAGAGAGGUCGCUGGGGCCAAAGCUCUUUGGCAUCUUCCCCCAAGGCCGCCUGGAGCAGUUUAUCCCGAGCCGGCGAUUAGACACUGAAGAAUUAAGUUUGCCAGAUAUUUCCGCAGAAAUAGCUGAGAAAAUGGCCAGAUUUCAUGGUAUGAAAAUGCCAUUCAAUAAGGAACCAAAAUGGCUUUUUGGAACAAUGGAAAAAUACCUGAAUCAAGUGCUGAGAAUUAAAUUUACCGGGGAAUCCAAAGUUAAGCAGCUCCACAAAUUCCUCAGUUACAACCUGCCUUUGGAACUAGAAAACCUGAGAUCAUUACUUGAAUCCACUCCAUCUCCAGUCGUGUUUUGUCACAAUGACUGUCAGGAAGGUAAUAUCUUGUUGCUGGAAGGCAGGGAGACUUCUGAAAACCAGAAACUGAUGCUCAUCGACUUUGAAUACAGCAGUUACAACUACAGGGGAUUCGACAUUGGGAAUCAUUUCUGUGAAUGGAUGUACGAUUAUAACUAUGAAAAGUACCCUUUUUUCAGAGCAAACAUCCUGAAGUAUCCCACCAGGAAGCAACAGCUCCAUUUCAUUUCCAAUUACUUGGCUGCAUUCCAAAAUGAAUUUGAAAACCUCAGUAAUGAAGAAAAGUCCGUUAUAGAAGAAGAAAUGUUGCUUGAAGUCAAUAGGUUUGCCCUUGCGUCCCAUUUCUUCUGGGGACUUUGGUCCAUCGUACAGGCCAAGAUUUCAUCCAUUGAAUUUGGGUACAUGGAGUAUGCCCAAGCCAGGUUCGAUGCCUAUUUCGACCAGAAGAGGAAGCUUGGGGUGUGACUGGGGAGGCCCGCCUGCGCUGCAUCCCUGGACUGCGCGGGGGCGGCCACGCCCGAGGGUCCCUCUGUGCUCCGACUACUGUACCUGCAGCAAGAAGGCUCGGACGUCUCGCUGCCGAACACAGAUGUGUAUGAUACGAAAGACUGUAUUAAAAUUGAGGAACAUUUAUUUCAUAUCUUGUUUACAAUUUCACUAGGACUCUGACAUGAGAUCAGGAAGCAGAAUUAUAGUACACUAGUGCAAUAGUGCAACAUCUCAGACCCCCUUAAUCUAGAGAAGGCAUUUUCUACUUCAGUCAGGUGGGGCAAACAGCACGAGUAAGCAGUGUCACUGCAGGUGCCUUUUUGGUUAAUGUUGAUCUUUAAAGGAUGUUAAUGACCGCGCUGGUGAACAGCGCUGACCGGGCUUUGUGUGCGUAAUGGGUGUGUAGGGCGGCGAGUGGGCAGCGACACUGGCGAUGCCCCGCGGCCUGACCGGGUCCUGGGAGACGCAGGCCGCCCCCGAGGUGCGGGGUGCACAGAGGCGGGGAGACUGGCCGCCCGCUGACUGCUGCCUGUCACCCGUGCUCUCCUCUGCAGGUGAAUCGCAGAUGAAUCUCACCCUCACUGGAUGCAGCCCCGCCAUGCCCUCUAACUGAAAGUGCUUUAUUAACCCCGGCUCUGGGGCCGGCAGUGGGCCGUGGCCAGAGGGCCAGCAGGCGGCACGGGGACAUGCGAACACACAGGCCCCCCGCCCGCGCCCGAUCCGCGUUCCUGGCGGGGAGCGGACCGCUCUGUCCCGCACUCUGCAGCCUUUUCCCCCCACCUCUGCUCAGCCUGGAGCUGGGCUCCUGUGACAGGGCCGCUGCCCGCCCCCAGGCAUGGUCGUGCCCCAGGGAAGCCUCCUGCCGCCCCGGUGCUGGGGCCUCGGUGUGCUGGGUGCGGGAGGGAAACCUUGCCCUCACUGCUCCCCGGUGUACCUCAUGUGGUCGUUCUGGUGGGAAACUGCAGCCCGUGUGUGGAGUAUGGGGGCGGGGAUAGAGUAUAGCUGUGAAAUCCGUAUGUAUUAAAAGUUCUUUGGGAUAAAUCUUCUUGUUUUCACUCUGAACUUUUAUUUGAAUUGUUUUUUGUGCAUACAUUCCUGCUACCACAAAGACUGUACUAUACAAACAAUAAAAAAGGUAAAAGCCCAUCCUCUGCUGUCACCCUC